CAAAUUUGGUUUUUCCUCAUCCUUUCUCUCUCUCUCUCUCUCUCUCUUUUGCACUUUACCUUCCCAUGAUGAAUAGCGAAAAGCCUUCUGGAAACUUACCUGAAUACAAUCUCUCGUGGCAACAACAGCAAGAAGCUCAGCGACGAGGUAGUAUGGCUUCUGAACUUUACGAUGUGUUUUUGUCGUUUUCACCCAAGGCUGACCUAUGCUUCCGUGUGACCAUUUAUUGUUAAUAACCGUAAGGUCGCUGGCGUUGGUGGCAUGUCCUGCUACUCAGUGGUGUCAUUGGUUUGUUUACCUACACUCAAAUGGAUAAUAUUGCAUGGCUCAAAAGGACUUUGAGUGGUCACUCUGAACAGGGUGUUUUGGAUAUGGGUUUCCCGUCACAAGCGGAAGACAUCCAAGGCACUAAUGAGCUUGCCGCGUUCAUGCAAGACCUGCAAGCCAUGUUUGGCGAAAGCGGAUGUUCGCACCACCAUAAAGACCAAGUUAUGGAGUGCGGUGCAGAACAGACUGGCGCACACUGUGGAAAACUUUCGAUCGCUUUCCCUCCUGAGUAUGCAAAGCACCCGCGUCCCCCGCGUCGCCAUGAAACAUUUUGCAAGCCCAAAGAGCUGUUGCCUUCGUCUUCAGUGUUUACCUUUUCACCUGACGAGUUCCAGCGCGCUGCCGUGUUUUUGGAUGGCCAAUUUUCGCAUGGAGGCGUAGUUACUGUGGAUCGAGCUGCUGACGACGAUGAUACACAAGACGUCAAGGUCAACGUGACUACCUAUGUCGGCCGCAAAGAGCUCCAAGAUCAAAUAUCAAUCUCUGGCUUUGACCAUGAAGGCCAAUACAGUGUCCAAGUCAAACGCAAGGGUGGCCAUCAUUGUCGGCACCGCAAACCACCAGUCAAAGAGGAUUGUGUAACCUACUCCAUCCACGUGGUCUUCCCAUCCCAUCUCGAAUCGUAUGAGGAUUUGGACUUACACAUCAGGAAAGCACUGCGCAUUCACACGUCAACUGACCUGACCAAGUUGACGUUCGGUAAAUUCAGAGCUGGCGUGGGCCAUGGUGCCAUCAACUUCUCGGAUUUGAAAGCGGAAAAGAUCAUGCUUGGCUCACUUUAUGGCGUUGUAAUGGGCGAUUAUAGCCCCACUCAAACAUUUGCAGGAGCUGCUGUGCAUGGUGCAAGCAAAGUCAAAAUUCAUCCAGCCUCUGAGCAUGUUAACGUGACAUCCGCCGCUGUUGUUGGACCAGCCAGUGCAGAGUUGUCAGCCAACGAAUUUUCCGGCAACUUCAUCGUCUCAAGUUGGACUGGUUCGCCCAUCGUCAAAGCGCCUAAUCCAGAUGACAUUCAUGUUGUGAAGAAUCGAUAUACAUAUAAAGCUGGAUACUACAAGGAGAAGGAGACAGGCUCGAAUGUGAUCGUCAGCUCCAAGCAUGGCGAUAGCGAACUGAUCUUCAAGGGUGAUGACGGCGAUGGGGAGACUAGCUAUGAAUACAUGUACUGAUACGUCUUUAAGAAAUAUGUAUCCGUACCUCAGUCUCUUUCUUCUUUCAUGAUACUGUAUGCUUGUAAAAAUAAAUGCUUUUAUGGUUAUCAACCUA